AUGGCAGACGAGGCCGAGCAAGCCGUUGAGGUCAAGGACCUCGUGGAGGCAGCUCUGCAGAAAGACGAGGGCGACCAAGCCGUUGAGGGCAAGGACCUCGUGGAGGCAGCUCUGCAGAAAGCCCGAGAGGAGGAGCUCGACCCAGAGGCUCGCAAGUGCAAAAGGGAACGGUGGGUGGGCUACCAACACGUGAACUUCCCCUGGCUUUCUACCGCCUUCCUCAACGAGGUGUUGCCCAACAGCUGGUUCGUUUCCAAAAGAGCUUGGGAAAAAGAAGCCUGUGUUGCCCGUCGAACCCUGAGGCUGUUGACUUGCCUCCGCUUCGGCCUCAAGCUACAGCAGCUGGCUGCCGGCAAAAACGGCGGGGCAUGA